UUGACAUCCUACUUGCUUCUCGUUCUUUCCUUCACAGAGGAGCCCUGAGGCUUGAAACUUCAAGCCACACUGGUCCGUGCACACAAACGUUGUCCACCACGUGACAGAGAAAUCCACGACCACCUCCUCCUUCACUCUCAGCCUUCUUCACCAAGACCAUACUAACGACCUGUUCAAAUCUAUCGAGCAAGCCAGCAUCAUUACUUAUGCCUCCUCUUCAAUUCCCUGUGACCAAAUAGUCGUACGCUGCUAUCAGGCAAGUCCCAAGGACAACAAGGCUGUCUACGAUCCAAGAGGUACUGGAUAUGUCGGAUCCUGAUACCUUGUUUCCCUCUUCGCCAGGGCGUGAAGCGAGCCCCAGUUCUGAGGCUUUGCAGCUCGAGGAUGACAUCGAGGCUUCUUACACCAAACGUGGACCAGCGCAAAGUAGGCUUCGGAACGAUCAGGCUGUGAAAGGUCCAUCACAUGGCUCCCUCACGCCACCCGAUGAAAGGAAAGAAGUCUCUGAAAACGAGAAUCUCACCGAGGAUAAUGAACCCACUCAACACCAGCUUCCAGAGAAAGGUUUCAUCAGACUGAAUACCCACGAUACUUCAUUUGUGGAUGAACACAUUCCAAGCAUCGAAAAAUUCGGGCAGGAUCUCCAAGUCGCCAUCAAUGCUGCCUGGCCAACACGAAACGGAAAUCGGUAUGAAGAGGCCCACGUGCUUCUAUUGAGUUGGGAGGAUGAUAACCUUGGAGUGGCGCGUGAGAUCAAACGCCUCAAGCACGUGUUCUCAGCUCUCUAUCGGUACGACGUCCAGGAAUUUAAAAUACCAUCGACGACUCCAGGAAAGGCCACAACGUUCCGGUUAUCGUCUUUCCUUGAAAAUGACAGCCCCAGCAGCCUCUUGAUCGUGUAUUACGGAGGCCAUGCCCGUUUAAGUAAUCAGACUAACGAACCUCCAAUUUGGUCAGCGUAAGUGCCUUUUUUUUACCUCGCCGGUGGAGAGAGUGAAGGAAGCCAUUGCAACUGAAGUAUCGAAGCCUCAUCUGUAGGUGAUGAUUAGGGAUUGAAUGUUCCAAUUUUAUUGGGACUUUGAAAAGCGAAACAGCUAAAAUGAGGCGAACUCUAUUGCUAAUGAAGAAUACAGGACUGAUAAAGUUGGAUCACCAACGUUGCCAUGCGGUGGAGUGCAGCAGCUCCUCGAAGAAGCAGCCUCUGAUGUCCUCCUUCUCUAUGAUAGCUGCCACUCAUCACAUCCCGCAAUCAAUACUGGUGGUC